AUGUUCAAAACUCAAGGUGUUUAUGUCAAUGGCGUGAUUCAUUGGAUCAGUACGAAAUCUUCUGGGAAAGAAGUUCUAGUGCCAUUCAACGUUGCAAGCGAGAAAUUUCACUUGAUUCCACUCCCUGAAGGCAGCAUGCCAUCAAAACCUAAUUUAACACAGAUUCGCGGGGGUUUGGCUUUGUUUGGUUACGAAGAUUGUGGAUAUAACUCCAUAGGGUUGUGGGUAUUAGAGGACUAUCACAAACUCUUGUGGAUCAAGAACAAUAUUAAUGUCGCGUCUUCGCAAAAUCACAAGAGGGUAAAAGUUGUUCUUGUUGGUUCUAAUUAUGUAGGUGACAUGUUGCUAACUCAAAGCAUGUUCACGCACCACUACGAUCUCAUUCCUUGUUGCCAUGAGAAUAGGACUGCAAGCACGAGGAUGAUUAGGAUUCGUGGGCUGCCUCCAUGGAUUGAUCUUUAUGGGGCAAAAAAUAUCAAUUUUAGGAUUGCCAAUCAUGUGGAAAGCUUGGUGCCUCUAGGACCUCUAGAUAUGCAGUUUGGGGAUUUUGUUGUCCAUGACGCUUGA